CCGUCACACCCACGCGUCACGGGGCCAUAUCCGGGUUGGAGAGAAGACCAGAGCAGACACACACGUACACACUAACGUUACAACACGUCCGACUUUUUCUCUCAACUACAGCCAGUGGCGCAGGUCUCAUCCGUGGCUUCACAGAACUGUUCAGUUGUGUACAGACUGAGAAAACAUGUCAGAUAACCCAAAGGCGGAGUCCAGCCCCGUUGCCGACGACAACGGGCGUAAGUGGAUCCCGCCAAACCUGCCCAGCCGCUGCACCUGGCACCUGGGAGUCUCCGCAGACAAGUCUCCACAUGUUCACCUGCCCCCCAGGAAACGUCCGGAGAAGGUCGUGCCGAACAUCCUGAGCAUGAUCGGAAACACUCCGCUGGUCAAGAUCAACAACAUCUCCAAGACCUUCGGGGUCAAGUGCGAGCUCUAUGCGAAGUGUGAGUUCUUCAACGCUGGUGGGAGCGUGAAGGAUCGCAUCGCCCUGCGGAUGGUGGAGGAUGCGGAGCGGGAGGGGAGGCUCAAACCCGGCGACGUCCUCAUCGAACCAACGUCAGGAAACACAGGAAUUGGUCUGGCCCUGGCCGCUGCGGUGAAAGGGUACCGCUGCAUCAUCGUGAUGCCCGAGAAGAUGAGUAUGGAGAAGGUGAACAUCCUCCGCGCCCUGGGAGCAGAGAUCGUGCGAACCCCAACCAGCGCCUCGUUCGACGCGCCCGAGUCUCACAUCGGAGUCGCACAGCGUCUGAACCAGGAGAUCCCAAACUCACAUAUCCUUGAUCAGUAUCGGAACCCCAGUAACCCCAUCGCUCACUAUGAUGGGACAGCUGAGGAGAUCAUAGCUCAGUGUGAUGGUCCAGUUGACAUGGUUGUAGCCGGGGCAGGGACGGGAGGGACCAUCAGUGGACUGGCCAGGAAGCUGAAGGAGAAAUAUCCCAAUAUUCAGGUUGUAGCUGUUGACCCUGAGGGCUCGGACCUGGCCGAGCCAGAAGAGCUGAACAAGACGGACACAAACUUCUACGAAGUGGAGGGGAUCGGGUACGACUUUGUCCCCACCGUGCUGGACAGACGGGUGGUCGACAAGUGGUACAAGUCCAACGACAGGGAAACCUUCCUCAUGGCCCGCAAACUCAUCCAGGAGGAGGGGCUGCUGUGUGGUGGGAGUUCUGGCAGUGCGAUGGCAGCGGCUGUUCAGUGUGCCAAGGACCUGAAGGAAGGCCAGCGUUGUGUGGUCAUCCUGCCGGACUCCAUAAGGAACUACAUGUCGAAGCACCUGAGCGAUGACUGGAUGUCGGAGAGGAACUUUCUGGAGAAGACGUCGGAGGGGGCGGAAAAGAACAAACCCUGGUGGUGGGACAUGAAGGUCCACGACCUGCAGCUACACGCGCCCAUCACCGUCCUGCCGACCGUCACCUGUGCAGAGGCCAUCGACCUCAUGAAGACAGAAGCCAUCGACCAGAUGCCCGUGGUGGGGGAGGCAGGGGAGAUCCUGGGCAUGGUAACCCUGGGCAACAUGAUGUCACAGCUGGUGGCCGGCCGCGUCAACAGCCAGACGCCCGUCUCCCACGUGCUCUACAAACAGCCGCAGCAGGUGCAGAUAACCCUGGACGACACCCUGGGCAGCCUGUCUCGUAUCCUGGACACGCAGCAUUUUGCUCUGGUCAUCCACGAACAAAGACAAUUAGACGGGGGUAGUGAACUCCAGUCCAAGAAAAUGAUUUUCGGGCUGGUGACGGCGAUCGACCUGCUGAACUUCAUCACGCACCAUCCCAAGAGCAACAACGGCAAGAACGGCCAGUGAUGAGCCCGGCCAACACGUAGCUCCAGAAACGAGGGCCUGCAUGGGGGGGUAGUGAUUACAAGUUACGCAAAAUUUUUGCCACCGAGUACAAAGUAUGUUACAUUCUCAGAUCUGAUUAUAAACAAUUGCACGUUAAGGCUAGUGUACUGAUUAGGAAUUGCGAUAAUUUGGGAGGGCUGCCUACGGAUUACGGAGACUUAAAAUGGCCUGAUUACGCCUUACGAAAAGAGCACAUGCAGGCCCUCAGAAAGGAGCCAAGUUGGGAGCCUGCAGCUUGUAAUUCCUCCAUGACCACUUCCAGAAAUGGUUUGGUUACAGUUUGAAACGCAAUGAUGUCCCCUUCUGAAAUACAUGGAAAAUACCAGGAAACUAUAAAGGUCACAUUUGCAAAGCAAAUGCAUGAUGUUUACUUUCACAUGGUCUAGCCUAGUAAACCACUGCUCUGUUCUCUCUUACUCAAACAUAUUCAUUAUAUAGUGACCAGCCCCUCCAAUUCUCCUACCACUUUCUACAUAAUGUUACUUGUUCUACUUCUGACUACAUGUAAUACCAAACCAUCGGUUACCAUGGUGACAGUCCUCUGGCCCAGGUCAUUGACCUUAUUUGUUUGGAGAAGAGGUGGAUUUUACAUUAGGAGAUUUAGGUAAUAAAGAGGUCUUUAUGUUUUUCUUCAAAAGUGUUAAUAAGGUUUCAGGAGCUUUAAGAUUGUCAAUUUUUUUGUGGUUGUAUUUUAUCUGAAAAUUAUUUUCACAUACUGGCUAAUUAAUCAAUUGUAAUAAAUGUAUACUGAGCUGCGGAGAUAUUGAUUCUGCAAGGAAUAAAAUAAUAUCAUGUAUUAUACAUACAGGAGAGCAGACCAUAAUCAGUUGUGCCAAUCUUGGCACUCAAAAGCUUCAUUUUGCCAUCAGUGGUAUUCAUGUAUAGAAAAUAUUAAGAAUUGCUGCUUUUUAUGAUUAGUUUUCUUGACAGAUCAGAUCUACUCAAUGCAUUGUUGUCAUCUACACAAUGUUUGGUUACAGCAUAGGAGGAAUUAUAAGGUGAACUAACUUGUUCAAUAAGGAUAGAAAAACCACCGGUAGCUUCUUGUUGCAGAAUCUUUUGUCUUACAGUUGAGUUAUAGUUGAUAGCAUUAAUAUUUGUUCAUUUUAACAUGCCUAAGCGUGAAAACUUAAUGUGUUACAUAUGAAAACAGGUAGAGUUUCCACUGUAUUAUUUUGACAUACUGGACCACUAUCAUAUUAUUAUGUUUCGACACAAGAAAUCAAAAGGUGACUAAUUUUUUUGUGAAUAGUUACAAUUUGGAUGUUGAAGAUUCAUUUUCUCACUUUUUAUGUCAUAUUCAGAGAUGUUUAUUACUUAAGAGACUAUGAUUGAAACCAGUAUUACCAAGGUUCUAUUGGCUAGGUGACUGAAACUAAAACUGAUUUUUCAGUGCUGUGUAGUGCUGUUAGAAACAGGUUGUGACGGGUUUAUAUGUGUUUGAUAUGCAAUAAGUAUGUGUUAAGGGAGGAAUACAAUCAAACAUUGGCUGGCUGAGCACCAGGUGUGGGGACUGGCUAUUUUCAUAACCUCCUUUCAAAUAUCUGUCAGUUCAACAAUGGAGAAUACAAACUACAUUAUGUCCUUGAGCUGCCAGAAUGUUUGAUGAAACAAAAAGAAUGUUAUCAAGUGUCUUGCUAUGAAGUGUACAGUGUAGGUGAUCACUUUUCCUUCAGUGUCUGCUGCACAAGAGGUAAUAUUUCAUGUACUCUUAUGGGAUGACAUUAAAUAAAGUUCUUAAAACUGAA